CAGCGACCUUAUGAGUAGUUUUCUUUGAGAAAAUAUGAUGCGAUGUUUCGAAUAUCGUACCAAAUAUGGCGUCAUUAAUGCAGUACAUUGAGUUGAAGAAUAUCAUAAACGAGAGGUUUAGUUGGGAUUCCGUUGAGUCUUGCGUGAAUACCAGCUUGGUAUGCAAAUAGGUUUAUCUCGCGAAGACUAAUUUAAUUUAGGCCAUCACUGUUUAGCUGUUUGGGAAUUGUCAUGUGGGUGUACCAUGUUCAUACGAUCUUGGAGUGCUCGCGACCACUUUUAACGUCUCACUUAUCUUUUCUCUGAUUAGCUGGUGAAUGGGGAAAGGUGGCAAACCAGCAAAGGGAGGAGAUCCGAACAAAGGUGCGAAUAAGAAACCAGGAGGCACCUCUAGUGGGGAAUCCAGUGCUGCUGGAGCGAAAGUCUCAAAAGCGGGAACUGCUGUGAAGGUUCGACACAUACUGUGUGAAAAACAGAGCAAGUGCCUCGAAGCCCUGGAACAAUUGCGCAAUGGCAAACGUUUUAACCAAGUUGCAGAAGCGUACAGUGAAGACAAAGCAAGAUCUGGUGGAGAUUUGGGGUGGAUGACGCGUGGGUCCAUGGUCGGCGCAUUCCAAGAUGCUGCCUUCGCGCUUCCUGUUUCGACGUUGGACAACCCAAAGUACACCGAUCCUCCUAUUCGAACCCAAUUUGGCUAUCAUAUUAUAAUGGUUGAAGGAAAACGUUGAUGUAUUUUCUCUGAUUGUUUAAUGUCCUAUAAUUACACUAUGUAUGUUCUGCAUGGACUCGCCUAAGUUUUUAUGGUUGAAUCCUUUCCAGCUUUUUCAUUGACUUCACUAACACUCGCU